CCGAGGUCGCGGCUGGGGCCUGCUCCAGGCGGCAGAGAAUAAGAUCUGGGGCCGCCGGGCGCCCCCGCAGGCCAAGCCGCGACAGCGCCUGGACAUCCGCGGCUCUUGAUUACCCUCAGGACUGAGAGUUUUUGUGUUUGUCCAGAAAAGGGUUUUCAAGAAGCUGGUCAAGCAUGGCGUUAGCAGAUAAGAGACUUGAGAACUUGCAGAUCUACAAAGUCCUUCAGUGUGUUCGGAACAAAGACAAGAAGCAGAUAGAGAAGCUGAUCAGGCUCGGAUACCCGGAACUAAUCAAUUUCAGAGAUCCUGUCAAUGGGCACAGCGCGCUGCACUUGGCCUCGGUGUCCAAUGACAUUGAUAUGGUGAACUUUCUCCUUAGCCUUGGUGCGCACCCUGAUGUGCAAGACAAGAUGGGCUGUACUCCCGCAAUGAGGGCUGCGGAACUGGGCCACGAAUUGUCCAUGGAAAUAUUGGCCAAGGCAAAGGCAAAUAUGACCAUAGUUGAUAAUGAAGGAAAAGGUAUUUUGUUUUACUGCAUUUUACCUACUAAGCGACAUCAUCGCUGUGCAUUGAUUGCCCUGGAACAUGGUGCAGAUGUCAACAAUUCUACCUAUGAAGGAAAGCCAAUAUUCUUUAAAGCUUGCGAAGAAGCACAUGAUAUUAAAGAUGUGUGCCUGACAUUUUUGGAAAAAGGAGCCAGUCCAAAUGCUAUCAACUCAUCCACAGGUCGCACGGUUCUAAUGGAAGCAUCAAGAGAAGGAGUGCUAGAACUAGUUCGAGGGAUAUUGGAAAGAGGAGGUGAAGUGAAUGCAUUUGAUAAUGAAAGACAUCAUGCUGCACAUUUUGCUGCCAGAGGAGGCUUUUUUGAUAUAUUGAAGCUUCUUUUUGUCUACAGUGGAGACCUGGGACUGAUUGCAAUGAAUGGGAAUACGCCACUUCAUUAUGCUGCCAUGGGUGGUUUUGCAGAUUGCUGUAAAUAUAUAGCUCAGCGAGGAUGUGACCUGAAAUGGAAGAAUUUAGAUCAUAAGACACCCAAGGCUCUGGCUAAGGAAGGAGGCUUCAAAGUUGCAAGCAAGGAAAUACGGCGGGCGGAGCGAAUCGCUAAUAAACUGGCCAAGCCUGGAGCCAAAAAUCCUAAUCCACUCUGGGCCCUUCAACUUCACGAUUGGUCAAUAGUAAAUGAGACUUUCCUUCGGGAAGCCUUUUCGUUUGUGGACAGGGGCGAUGGGACAGUCAGCAAGGAUGAUUUUGUGAUGACGCUGGAGGAGAGGCAAGAAUUCGUCGACUCGGAACAGCUGUUUUACAUAGCUCAACUUCAUGAAAAAUUCCGGGGAGGAGGGGUCAACAUUAAUGAUUUCUUUAAGGGAACCAACUACCUAAGCAAAAAUUACGUCUUGGGAUCUUAUGGGCCUAAGAAGAAGAAAAAAGGGAUGGCCAAAAAGGCAAAGAAAGGCAAGUUUGUUUUACCCCUGCCAAUCUGCAUCAUCCCUGACGACGCAUUUCCACGCCGCAGUAAUGGGGGGCCGUCAUAUUACAUGGUUGAAACCUACAAGAACGUAACUGAUUGCAGUCGGUUUAACCAGGAUCAUCCUCCAGAACAUCCCAUUCAGGAUGACUCUGCUUGGUACAUUGACGAUCCAGGGACGGUGUUUUCAAAUAUUAAUUUUGUCACCAAGGCGGGAGACCUGGCUUCUCUGAAAAAGGCGUUUGAAUCAGGAAUUCCUGUGGAUAUGAAGGAUAAUUAUUACAAAACACCACUAAUGACUGCUUGUGCAAGUGGGAACCUAGAUGUGGUCAAGUUUCUUCUUGAAAAAGGGGCUAACGUAAAUGCAACAGAUAAUUUCCUGUGGACUCCCCUCCAUUUUGCAUGCCAUGCAGGCCAACAUGAUAUUGUUGAGCUUCUUGUUAAAUCUGGAGCCAUGAUAGAUGCAGUUUCAAUCACCAACUCAACUCCUUUAAUUAGAGCCAUUGAGAGCUGUAGACUGGAUACUGUAAAAUACCUACUUGAUAUUGGUGCUAAAUUCCAGCUGGAAAAUAGAAAAGGACACACUGCCAUGGAUAUUGCAAAGGCAUAUGCUGACUAUAGAAUAAUUGGUUUGAUUAAAGAAAAGCUAGAUAACUUGCCAAAAUUUGAAAACCCAAAACUGAAAGGCAAACCACCUCCUAAAACGAAGACUGAAGUCCUUGAAAUUAAGAAAGAGGAGGAACCACUUUUAUCCAUUUAUAAUGUACCAACCAUAUUGGAAGAAAAGAAAAUGCACAAGGAUAAUGUGGUUCAUCUCAAUACAUUGAUUACCAGUGGUUAUACCAAGAAAGUGGAUAUCACAUUUAUUCCACAGAGGGUCUGGAGUCCUGAAGCCACAACAGUGGAGCUCAUCAGGAAGAGGGAGCUGCGGAGGGAGCGGUUCACGUACGAGGUGGACUUUGAGGACUUCAUGAUGCCCUUUCAGAAGAACAUCACAGAGAAAGCUCGAGCAUUGGAGGCUGCCUUCCAUGCCUAAAUCACAGUUGCUUCUUAGAGUAAACAUUGCGAGGCCCAGGGACCAAACUUUAGAGAAAGGAAAUACUUCUGUCAAAGCCAAAGCAAUUCACAAAUCAAGGAUUUGUAACCAAAUAUUUGUUUUUGCUCUAAGAACUAUAAACAUUCUGAGCUGUCU